UGAAAAAAAGCUGAUAAUAGACUAGCGUUCUGGACUCGUUGAAACGCUGACUUGAAGCGUCUGGACUCUGUAUAUGAAAAUUGAUGAUUCAUACGCGUGUGCGAUGUGAUGUCAACACAUUCUGCAGUACACGUGCACGUUGCUCAUUUCGCCCGCACUAGAGAUCGGGCGAGCGUUCCCUGAUUGGAUUUUGGAUUUUCGGGAGGAUUGUCGCGGGGUUGUAUUCCAACUUGUUCUGUUCCGCUCGGUUAAAGCUUGUCUGUCGGGGACACUUUUCAAGGAGCGACUACCCCAUAAUUAUCCGUCAGCGCCAUGGAGGCAGCACCCAAGCUGGCGAUGCUAUCGUUGGAUCUGAAAGAAAGUCGGAAUAAUCCAAACUUUCGAACUGUGUUUCGCCAGUUUAUAUCUGCUAAUUAUGGUGAAUCAGGAGCUGCAUACGACAGGGAAUUGGUGGAACUGGAAGGCCUGCGCAAUAGUGCGGUUAAAGCUACCCGGGAUAUCAGUGGAUGUAAUGUUUUGAAGCGGUAUUUCUGCCAAUUAAAAAUGCUCUAUCCUCGAUUUCCGAUGAAGGAAACGGAGGACGCCGCGGUGGAAUAUUCUUGGCAAGAUAAUUUUACUGCCAAAACUGUGGAUUCCAAGGAUCCAAAGUUCGAAGAGGCCAAUAUAUUGUACAACAUUGGAGCACUGCACUCCAUUUUGGGCGCUAUCGAUCGCCGUGGUGAUUCCGACGCGAUGAAAGUCUCGUGCACACAUUUCCAGUGCGCUGCAUGGGCGUUUGAGCAUCUCCGAGACAAAUAUCCCCGUAUGCCGACGUUUGAUUUAUCCUUCGAUGUCCUUUCCUUUUAUAUCACACUGAUGCUGGCACAAGCUCAAGAAUGUAUAUUGGAGAAAUCGUUACUGGACAAUCGCAAAAGUUCCAUUAUUGCCAGAGUAGCAGCUCAAGUUGUGGAAUAUUAUAAGGAAUGCUUGAAAACGUUGGACAGCGAGACUACAACACGAAUGCCUGGCAUGGAUAACUUCAAGGAUUUUAUUCCUCGUCAACUGUUGGAGUUGAAAGUGCAGUACUACCAGUGCAUUAUGAAUUUCCAACUGGGAUGUCAGGCCGAAGAAUCACAAAAAUGGGGCGAAAGGAUCGCAUAUUUGGAUGCAGCCGCGAAAGAGUUAACCGGUUGUUCGAAAUUAAUUAAAAACUGUGGCGAUGACGAUAACUGCCGAGAAGCGGUCAAGUUCGUGGGCGAUAUUGUUCAACAGAAAUCCGCUGCGGCAAAGAAAGACAACGAUUUCAUUUAUCACGAGCGAAUUCCAGAUGUUCUAACUUUACCACCUACAAAAGGGGCUUCCUUGGUAAAAGGCAUUCCAUUGAAUGAGACGGACUUCGCGUCGCAAGAUAUCUUUUCGAGAUUGGUCCCAAUAUCUGCGCACGAGAAGGCAUCGUUAUACAGUGAAAAAAAGGCUAGCUUAUUGAGGGAAAUCACCGAAAAAGUCGAGAAUAAGGAUGUGGAGUUAAUGUCGAUCGUGUCUGCCUUACGCUUGGAGCAGUUACUAAUUCCGGCUUCCUUCACGGCGAUCCCGCAGAGCCUUUUAGACACGAUGGCGUCGCUGCGCGGCGAGGGAGAUGUUUCGCGUAACAUCUCUCGUCAAGCUGAGACACUGAACGAUGCUACCGAAGAUGUUCGGAGGUUGAACGAAGACAUCGGAAGACUUCUGGAGGAGUUAAAAAAGAGCGCUCUGGAUGAUGCUCAACGAUCUCAAAUGGCGCAGUUGGAUAGCGAAUUUUCUCGAUAUUCUGGCGCUCUGGCGGCUGCAGUGUCGUCUAGCGACGAUCUGCAACAUUAUAUGGACUCUUCUAGUGCUGUACUGCAUUUACUGAGCGGACCGGUAGAAACCAUGAAAAAUAGUUUGCCAGCCAUCGAUAUGGAAAAAAUGACCAAUGAAAAGGAUGAUUUGAAAGAACUGGAGCGUUUGAGGGGCAAAGUAGACGAAAUGAAGCGUCAGCGACAAGAGUUUUUGCAAGAACUGCGGGCUAGCCUACAGAACGACGAUAUUACGGGGAAAGUGUUAGCUGUGGCCGAUGAGAAUCUGGAUAGCUUUUUCGAAAAGGAGCUGGGAAAACAUUCAUCCAUCACCACCUUACUCGAACAGAACAUAAGCGCUCAGGAGAAUAUUAUUGCCGCAACGACCGCGGUUGUGGAGCGCCUGGCGGAUCUGCGAGCCAAAUUGGUUACAACCAGUAUGCGGCGUGAAGAAGAAUUGAAGAAAUACGAAUCUGCUUAUCGUUCGUACCAAGUAUUUUCGGAAAAAGUGGCAGAAGGACUGGAAUUUUAUCGAUCUUUCAAAGAUAUGCUUAGCAAACUGAAAACCAAAGUCGAACUGCUACUGAAGCAAGCCGCUCCGAUUGUGCCGAAAAUAACGCGUCCUCCAGCCCCUGUAUUACCACCAACAGCUACACCAUCUGCGUCCAGCGUGCAAGGCCCGACAUUGCGUGAUUACCUGAACAGAAAAAAUUCCCAGUCGAAUGAACCAAUCCACUCGGCUGUUCCCACCCACCACGAUGUUUCUAUGCCGUUCUCUCCUCUCUCUGCUCCAUUUAUGCCACCACCACCAUCUGCUAAUUCUGCGUUAUCUAUGCCUAAGCCCACACUGCGAGAUUAUUUGGAAGCGAAGAAAAUGAGCCCUCUAGUUGCUAAUUACCAUAAUCAGAAUAAUAUGGGGAUGUAUGCGCCAGUUCCUUCGUAUUACGGCGCUGCGAUGACGGAACCACCACAAAUGCCGCAUUACCAGCCGCAAAUGCACCAGCCAUAUCCCCCUCAGCCGAUGAACUAUCUCGAGCGUCAACCUUCUGCUGCUCCCGCUGCUCAGCCACUUCGUCCGCCCAGUGUCCGCAUGCCUCCUCCUCCUGCCACGAAUCAACCGGCGCUGUAUUCAGCAACUCGAGAUGGACACAUGCCUUACCCGACCAUGUCAACGACCCCGAAUCCGCCAGCGCAGACAGGAUCUCCCGGAGCGAUGACUAUGCCCUCGCAGUCUAACUUGAAUCAGUUUCAUCCGCAACAUUCCGUAAACCCGAAUUCGGCCUAUCAGGGCGGCGCUACAAGCAUGUCCGGUCAUGGACCUGUGAGACCGAGCUUUCAUCAUGACAACAACCAGUUUUCCAACCAGCCUUACUCGCCCACCCCGUAUCAGCCAGUCUCCCAACCGGCAGCUUCGCAGCAGUUUUCUGCUGCUGGUGCAUCGUACGGCAUUUCUCAAGCUCCUGCUAAUUUCGACAUGAGCUCCUUUCCUCAGCAGACACAACAGUGGAAUUCGCCGCACACUUCGAGUGUCUCUUCUGCGAUCGCUCAUUCGAACGGCCAGUUCGCUCAAACUGCAGGCCACCAGCAUUCCCAGCCACAAUCUCAAUUAGCAGCACAGCAGCAGCCUGCAUACCAUUCAGCCCCUGCGACUUACAGUGCCGGUUCGCCUACAACAUAUCCACAAUUCCAGUCGAUGCCAACGUCAUCUCAUGGGUUCUCCGGGAAUAUCCAGCCACAGCCGCCGGUUUCUGAAUACUCAUCGCAAAACGGCGUCCUUGCACCAACCGUUGCGAAUACCUUUCCUGAUGUUACGGUGAAUACGAAAGGACCUGCUGUUGGUCACCCUAAUACGCAAAAUCUUGGCAAUUGGGGCAACACACCGUCCCAAACAGAAUAUGCGCAGAAUCAUGGUCACCCUACGCAGCAACCAGAACAGAACAAACCGAGCACAACGCUGCAGGUGAUACAACAAAAUGGAAACAAAAGCAUUCCCCCGCAACCGUCAUCUCCACAUCCUCCGGUCGCCAUUCCAAAGAAAACCGUUUCUCCGUUGGAUGAUAUCGAUACACCCUUGCCGGAAGCUUCUGUUCUAACGCCGCGUCGAGCACCGUUCAAAUCCCAGGUUUCAGCUGAUGACUUGUUGACAGUUUUUGCUUCGCCAGCCAUUAAGGAAGACGUCAGGAUUUUACAGCCGGAAGUUUUGACGGUGGAUGAUAUAAAGCGGCUUAAGGAGCAGCAAGACCAUGUUGCCCCGAAAGACCCAUUAACUGAUCCCGUGGUCUUGGAAAGAGUUGCUAGCGAGCUGCGGGAAUUCCAAAAGAAUGCGGAAGAAGCCGUUAGUAGUCCUGAUACUCUGGAACGGAUAUGGAAGCAACUGCGAGAUAUUCAAGAUCGUGAUUCGAGAAAGCAUCCGAUUGGUGUUGCCAGGUGUUAUCCCACCAAAAACCGCGAUGUUCGAGUUAUGCCAUACGAUUCGACUAGGGUUGUUCUCCAAGGAACGGGUGAUGAUUACAUCAACGCAUCCUUGAUUGAUGGGGUUAGCGACCAUUGCCCGAAGGUGAUUGCCACGCAAACGCCCAUGUCCAACACAGUACAGGAUUUCUGGAUGAUGGUACUGGAACAAGGGGUGGAAGUAAUUGCAGCGAUCAUGACAGAGUUUGAGGUUAAAGAAUACUCCUACUGGCCAUCACAAAGGCAGACGGCAUCGAAUGUUGGACCAAUAACUGUCGUUCUUCAGAAGGAGCCAACUGAGACUGCGAAUUUUACCUUGCGAAUGUUAGCUGUCACUAAUCAAGUGACAAAGGUUACACGCAACAUUGUGCAUCUGCUGUUUAAAUCUUGGCCGGCUGACGGCGUUCCGCAGGCAAGUCUUGAAUUGGUGAGCUUUCUUAAAGAGGUCCGUGGUUAUCACAAGAGUCAGAGAAUUCCCGGCAAACCGCUGAUAGUGCACUGCAACUUGGGCGUCGGUCCGACUGGAAUAUUUUGUGCUGCGAUGGUGUUUUACUCAUCCCUGGUAUGCGGGUCAGCUGCAGUGGAUAUCACUGAGACAAUUUGCAAAUUACGAAAUCGCCGAAAAUUUCUGGUGGACCACAAGGAACAGCUGAAGUUCUUGUAUAGCGUUUGCAUAACACUCAGCCGACAAGUUUUACAUCGUUAUGGUUUGUUACCGGAUUAUAUCGAAACUACAGCGGUACCGCCGCGAACUGCAUCACCGGCUAAAUCCCGGCCACCACAAUCCGUGACACCACUUCCCGACGUACUGAACGAUAUCCGCCAGGAGCUGCAACGAACCAGCACUACACCACCUCUGCUAUCUGAAAAAGUUGUUGUAGCAGUUGAACUGGAGGCGGACGAGAAGGUGGUUGAGAAAAUUGAUAAAACCGGCAUUUUGGAUCAGUUGCCGCCGAGAUUAACGGAUCUGAAUCUGCAGCUGGAUACGAUGGUGUCAGACCGCAAGAAGCGCAUUACGAAGGAGAAUUUCGUUAAUCCCAGCGGUGGACUAACCGGGAAAAAGAAUGAGGAUGCUAGCGAUCCCUUCGCUGACUUCGAUCCACUAUGGUCAAUGAAAAAAUAAUGCACAGGUUUUUUCAGCAUUGCUGUUUGGGCUUUCAGUUUUUACCGCUUUCGAUUGUCUGGUUUUAUUUAUAUUUGGUGCUGGACUGUUUUAUUUCUUUAAUAUAAAGUAUUUCUGUGGCAUAGUCUAUCAGAUUUGUAAGAUUAUGAUUGAGUUAUCGGCUGCGUUAAAUUGCCUCUCCUUUUGCAUUGCCGUGUUUGGCGUAUUAUCUGCCUUAAUUCUGUUUAAAUUAUAUUCCCAAGCUAAAUACUGGACGAGUA